GAUCAGCUGUGUGCUUUGCUAGAUGGAUGCUUGUUUUGCAGGGAGGAAGUGAUGCAGGGAAAAUUCCCACAAUGUACACUCAAUGACCAAAGGGGAAGCACAAAGAAACUGGCUGCUUUUACUCGGAGAUUGUCUUUUAACUCACUUCAAUGAGCCAACAAAAUGAUAGAUGGGUUCCAAACUACACAAGUUUUAACAGCAAGCUGUGUCUUUUUCUGAAAGCGAAGCCAAACUCGACAUUGAUGUGGAAGUUUCUUGCCAGCUGCUAGCUAGUUAGCUAGCCAUCUGAGUUAACGCGACGAGUUUGCCUCAGUUCGUCGCUGCUCUUUAAAGCUAGCUUGAAUAACUUACUAACCACUAAUUUGGACUGGCAUUCCCGUAGUGAUGUACGUCCGAUUCCACGUGACAGAGUUUUUAAAAAAGCAUUGCGGAUGUCAAGGUCACAACAGUGGAACAGAAUAGGAUGACACUUUCACCUAUAAUGGCCAGCGCCAUCUGAGGAAUUGUUUGGCAUGAGGGUAUGUUGAGACGUCUCACCCGGCCAGAGCAGAGGUGUCUAGGUGGUUCGGACGGGGCCUGAAGGAGGGGAGGAACGACAGAAGAGGGACCAGGGAGGGAGACAUGGGCCAGUGUGUCACCAAGUGUAAGAAUCCAACCUCCUCACUCGGCAGCAAGAGUGGAGACAAGGAGAGCGGUUCCAAGUCCCACCACAAGAAAGGUGGUAGUGCGAGCAGUGGGGGAGGGCACAAAGAAGAGCCCAGUGCCCCAUGUAGUAAAGCCCCCAGUGAGCUGUCUAAUGGCACCAAGGCCAUGGAGGUCACUGUGGAGACACCUGUCAUCCCGACGGUAACAGGGGAGCCAUGCAAGGAAGAGUGUUUGAUGGACGGGGAUGGACUGUCACUGCUGCGCAUUGAAGAGCUGUUCUGCUGCUACAAGGAUGAGCAGGAGGAUGCCAUCCUAGAGGAGGGCAUGGAGAGGUUUUGCAAUGACCUGUGUGUGGAUCCUGCAGAAUUUCGAGUACUUGUUCUCGCCUGGAAGUUUCAGGCGGCCACCAUGUGCAAGUUUACAAGGAAGGAGUUUGUGGAGGGCUGCAGGGCCAUUCAGGCAGACAGCCUUGAGGGCAUUUGCUCACGUUUCCCUUACAUGCUGCUGGAGGCCCAGGGUGAGGAGAGCUUCAAGGACCUGUACCGCUUCACCUUCCAAUUUGGCCUGGACGCCGAGGAGGGCCAGCGUUCACUGCAGCGUGACAUCGCCAUCGCCCUGUGGCGCCUGGUUUUUACCCAGGACACACCUGCCAUCCUGGAGCGCUGGCUGGACUUCCUGGCAGAGAACCCCUCAGGUGUUCGGGGCAUCUCACGGGACACGUGGAACAUGUUCCUCAACUUCACCCAGGCUAUCGGACCCGACCUGAGCAACUACAGCGAGGACGAGGCCUGGCCCAGCCUCUUCGACACCUUCGUGGAGUGGGAGAUGGAACGCAGGAAAAAAGAGGAGGCGGCACUGAGGGCAAAGGAGGAAGAGGGGAGAUGUACUGAGACUGAGAGCCCGCCCACCACAGACAGACUUGAAACAGAGGGCAGCCGCGGCUCACAGACCUGGGGGGGCCACUGACCAGGAGAUGAGAAAUACUUGGGAGGGGAAGGAUAUGACCUAUAAGUGAACUGUACAUCUGUGAAUCAUUGGAUGAAUAUUAGUAUUACCAUUACAGCUAUUCAUUUCUCUCUCCUUUUCUGUUGGGGUGGGAUUCCUGCUUUGCAACCUUAUUUUCUGGUUCUUGAAAGGGCUCUAAGAACUGUUAUGUUUUAAGCACUUCUAUUUAAGUUAUUGUUUUACUUUGUUUUUUUUCCCUCCCCCUUCCAUGUGUGUUUUAGUAACUGGACAUGUGGUCCAUUUUAAUCUUCACCCACCCACCAUAACCCUGCAGAGAUAGCUCAGUAAAGGCUUGCUUUGAAAACAGGCAACAGAAAGCCAUACCUUUUUUCCAUGAGCAUCAUUUGACAGCUUAUUUUGACCUGGUAACACUGGUGAUAUGACUUUUUGUACAAGGAAAUAGGCUUGCUAUUCAUAUUGCAUUAAGAAGAAGGGAAACUGGGACAACCUGACAACUAAUAACAUCUGACCAUCAAAACACAGGUAUUAUCCUAAGGGAGUAAGGGUCAUCCUGAUUGGACUAAUCAAUUCAGAAUUUGAUGCUUUAUAAAUAUUUUAUCUUGCGGUGCUGUGAGGAUGAAUUGGUUGCAUUUCUAUUGCCUUGACAGCUGUUGGCCUGUAUAUGGCAAACAGUAAUACAUUCACAUUCUGUCAAAAGGGCAUUUUAUCUUUGAAGAUACAAAUGAAAAUUACAUUUGUAUCUUUUUUUUAUCAAUCAAAGUUGAAAUAGCUUUUAAAAUCUCAAGUUGAUUUCUUCAAAAACAGACCCACCCUCUCUCUAUCCCUCUAUCGAGUGUUUAUUGAGUGCUAAAUACUUAGUGCUGAGGAGUGCAGUUAGUGGCUUAGCUUAUUUCAACAGCCAGGGCCGUGCUCUACCUUAACCUCUAGUAUCUGCCAUUUUGAUGUUCACCAGUCUUCAAGAAGUGGGUAGGUGUAUACAAUAACGAUGCUGGCUUUUCUCUACUGCCUCAUUGAUCUCAAUUUUCCAUUUUUUUGGAAAUCUUGAAACUCCAAAUAGUCUAAAGCUAGGUCUUGGUCAUUUCUGGACAGAGGAUGCCUGCACCUGGGCUACAUUCAGGACUGUUACAUUGGGCGUUACACAGCUUUAUAUUGUUUACCUUCAAAAGUUUAAAAGUCUUCACAUCCUUGAACUGCUAUACAAUAAAAUAGUGUGCACACUUCACAGAUCCGUUGACUGCUGGUGAUGGUUGUAAUGAAAUGCACAAAAAAGCCAAUGGCCUGCUAAGUUGCUAUACUUGCAAUGCUUUGCAGAGAGAUUGAUGUCAGCCACAUUAUUUUCCAUUUUUAACCUUUCGAAACUGUUGAAUGAUCUUAAAAUAUAGCCUAGGGUGUUUUUUUUUUUUCUUUUUCUUUUUUUUGGGAAAAGUGAGUGAUUGUUAACCAGAUAUCCUGGCUCAUCGAGAGUCUGUGAAAGGGUCCAGUGUGGUAAGAGGGUGCCCAUAACGAGAUCUGUGAGGUUUACAUCUUAAAAUGGUUUUAUUUCAGAUUCCCCCUUUGUCCUUUUUAUAUAAAAUGUAUUGAUUUAUAAUGAAUAAAACAGUGUUGAACUUUUGACUGUGGACCACGAAAA